AUGGCGGAAAGGAGGUUGCAAGUUGGAAUUGUGCCCGGUGCCAGCGACGAGCUAGGCGCCCCCAAGGUGAGGUUCUUGAGGAAGACAUAUCAACAGACCCGGAUUUUCAUGGAUGACGUGUCGGUGGACACGCCAGCGUUGAAGGAGCCUGCCGGCCGCAGAAAGGAGCUCUGGAAGAAGGUCCAGGCGGUGGUGGGAGGCACCCAUGCGGCGCUGCGACAUCGGAAUGCCGUGCUGAAUCAGGUCCGCUUGGUGAUUGAGGAGCGUUUCCAGCGCCACAAGAUGGAGAAGCAGGCCAAGCAGCUGAAGGAGUCUGCCAGAAGCGGCCUGGACGUUGCUGGUCUCAUGGCAAAUCUGGACCCUGCGAUGCAGGAACCUCUGCAGUCCAUCAUUGACGAUGCCUUGGACUUCCAGGUGCUGGACAUGCCGAGUUUCGUGGCGCUGGUGCUCGACUCUGUGGGCUGCAACGCGGAGGCCAACGACCGGCUGCAAGACCGCAUGCGUGAUGCAGUGCAGGAGGGGCUGGAGCAAGAGGUGGGGGACCUCUUUGAACUGGAAGACCUGGGCGCCCGCAUCGUGGACAAGGUGCACGCCUUGAGAGACUCCAUGCGGAAGGCCAGCAAGUCCAAGCUGGAGGCCGCCCGACCCAGGUCGUUGAGAGCGAUUCCCCCCACAUGGCCUGAGCAUGUGGCCAAGCUCCCAAGUGCUUUGGAAAGCUCCGAGAUUUCCUCGGCGGAUUCCGCGAGCUCCGAUCCGAACAGCACCGAGGCAAGGCGAGGAGAAGCCGAUCGAGUCGCGGCGACGUGCGCGGCGCUUCUGCGGUGA